AUGUCUGAAGAAGUUAAAACCAUUAAACCAGUCAUUGAAGAUAGAGUCUACAUUGGUAAUGUCGACUACAAAGCUACUGAAGAUGAAUUGAAAGAAUUGUUCAAGGAUUUAAAUGUCACUGAAGUUGAAAUUCCAUUCAAAGAAAUCGCCAAAGGUGAAAGAUCAUUCAAGAGACGCUUGGGAUUUGCCUUUGUUCAAUUUGCCUCAAAGGAAGAUGCAGACAAGGCCGUUGCUGAUUUCAAUGGUCACAAAUUCCAAAGAUUAAACAUUUUCCUCAAAAAGGCAGUCCCACCAGCAACUCCAGAAGAGAAGGAAGCCAAGAUCGAAGCUUACAGAGCUCAAAGAAAGGCCAGAGAAGAAAAAAGAGAAGCUUCGAAAAAGGAAAAAGCUGAAUCUAAAGAAGUUGAUGCCAAUGGUGUGGUUUCACCACCAGAAGGUAAGAAAUCUGUCAAUACCAUCUUUGUCACCAAUUUGGAUUUCAAAGUCAAUGCUAAAAUUUUGAAAAAGGAAUUUGCCGAAUUGAAUCCAGUUUGGGUUCAUGUUCCAAGAAAUCGUGGAAGAUCUAAAGGUAUCGCUUUUGUUAGGUUUAAAGAUGAAGAAACUCAAAAGAAGGCAGUUGAGCAAUUUAAUAAGAAAGAUAUCAAUGGUAGAGAAAUCACUGUUGAUAUUGCAGUUGAUACUAGAAAGUGA